AUGUCUUUGCCCUCCAACCUUGAAAGCCCCGAGGCUCUGGCUAUUACGCCACCAGUCUCGCAAUUCGAUAUGCCGGCAAAAAUCUCUUAUGGCCCUGACGACUUCGACCACCAGCGUCUUCAUGUCUCCUGGCCAGAACCAAGCCAACCACCCGCCCCAGCAUAUUCCGAGCAUGGCUUUGCUAUCGACGCCAUUGAUGGCAGGCGCACCGCGGAACCCGACGGAAAGCCCGGAUACCAGCUGGACGACUAG